CUCCGCUACGGAAAUGACGAGAUAGGCCGGGCCGAGAGGCGGUCCGCUUUCUCAGUCGCUCUCUCUCCUUUGCACGCGGUUGAGGAAGCCGGUAGGCCUGAGCAGCUCUUGCUGAAUAAUGCCGGGAAAACUCCGCAGUGCGUCCAAGUUGGGGUCGGACGAGGCCGAGGAGAGCAUGGAGACGCUGCCGAAGCCAAGAGAGAAGAAAACUAAAAAAGAGAAGCCAAAAUCUAAGACCGAAGAAGCAACAGAAGGCAUGGAAGAGGCCGCUUCCUCCAAAGCUAAAGCAGUUAAAAAGAAAGGGCCUUCUGAAGAUGACGUGGAUCCUCCUAAAUCCAAGAAGGCCAAGAAGCAGGAGGAGGAACCUCAAGACGACACUGCUUCUAAAAGCAAAUCCUCCAAGAAGAAGAAGGAGCCCCUGGAGAAGAAAGCAGCCUCUGCUAAAACCAAAGAGAGAAAAACCGAGGAGCCUUCUGAAGAAGAGGCAGAGGCUCCUAAGCCCAAGAAGACGAAGAAAGGGAAGGAAGCAGAUGGAGACAUGGGAGAGAAAAGCCCCAGGCUGAAGAAUGGACUCUCCCAUUCCGAACCAAGUUCCAACUCCAGUGAAGCUCCUGGGGAAGAAAGUAGUAGUGAGACAGAAAAGGAAGUACCUGUGGAAGAGAGAGAAGGAGCUUUCUCUAAUUUCCCCAUAUCUGAAGAGACUGUCAAGCUUCUCAAAGCUCGUGGGGUGAACUUCCUGUUUCCUGUACAAGCCAAGACGUUCCACCAUGUGUACAGUGGGAAGGACUUAAUUGCCCAGGCACGGACGGGAACCGGGAAGACAUUUUCCUUUGCCAUUCCUUUGAUUGAGAAACUUCAAGGUGGGCUACAAGACAGGAAGAGAGGCCGAGCCCCUCAGGUGCUGGUCCUCGCACCCACAAGAGAGCUAGCAAAUCAAGUGAGCAAAGACUUCAGUGACAUCACCAAAAAGCUCUCAGUAGCUUGUUUUUAUGGUGGCACACCCUACGGUGGUCAAAUUGAACGAAUGCGGAGUGGGAUUGAUAUCCUGGUUGGGACCCCAGGUCGUAUUAAAGACCACUUGCAGAAUGGCAAGCUAGAUCUCACCAAACUUAAACAUGUUGUCCUGGAUGAAGUCGACCAGAUGUUGGAUAUGGGUUUUGCUGAUCAAGUGGAAGAAAUUUUAUGUGUGGCAUACAAGAAAGAUUCUGAAGACAACCCCCAAACAUUGCUUUUCUCUGCAACUUGCCCUCACUGGGUAUUUAAUGUUGCUAAGAAAUACAUGAAAUCUACAUACGAACAGGUGGACCUGAUUGGUAAAAAGACUCAGAAAGCAGCCAUAACUGUGGAGCACCUGGCCAUUAAGUGUCACUGGACGGAGAGAGCAGCAGUGAUCGGGGAUGUGAUCCGAGUGUACAGUGGUCAUCAAGGACGUACGAUCAUCUUCUGUGAAACAAAGAAGGAUGCCCAGGAGCUGUCGCAGAACACGUGCAUAAAGCAGGAUGCCCAGUCCUUACAUGGUGACAUUCCACAGAAGCAAAGGGAAAUCACCCUGAAAGGUUUCCGAAACGGCAAUUUUGGAGUUUUGGUGGCAACCAAUGUUGCUGCCCGUGGAUUAGACAUCCCUGAGGUUGACUUGGUUGUUCAGAGUUGUCCACCAAAGGAUGUGGAGUCUUACAUUCAUCGUUCCGGGCGGACAGGCAGAGCUGGAAGGACAGGGGUUUGCAUCUGCUUCUAUCAGCACAAGGAAGAGUACCAGUUAGCUCAAGUGGAGCAGAAAGCGGGAAUUAAAUUUAAACGGAUAGGCGUUCCUUCUGCAACAGAAAUAAUAAAAGCCUCCAGCAAAGAUGCCAUCAGGCUCUUGGAUUCUGUGCCUCCCACUGCCAUUGGCCAUUUUAAGCAGUCAGCUGAGAAGCUGAUUGAGGAGAAGGGAGCUGUAGAGGCCCUGGCCGCUGCUCUGGCCCACAUCUCAGGGGCCACAUCGGUCGACCAGCGCUCCCUGAUCAACUCACAAGCGGGCUUUGUGACCAUGGUCCUGCGGUGCUCUAUUGAGAUGCCCAACAUUAGUUACGCUUGGAAGGAACUUAAGGAGCAGCUGGGUGAGAGCAUCGAUGCUAAAGUCAAGGGGAUGGUCUUCCUCAAGGGAAAACUGGGAGUUUGUUUUGAUGUCCGCACUGAAGCAGUCACAGAAAUACAGGAGAAGUGGCAUGAUUCUAGACGCUGGCAGCUCACCGUGGCCACGGAGCAGCCGGAGCUGGAAGGCCCCCCGGAAGGAUAUCGAGGCGGCAGGGGUCAGCGGGAUGGCAGCCGUGGUGCUUUCAGAGGACAGCGGGGUGGAAGCAGGAACUUCCGGGGACAGGGACAGCGAGGAGGAAGUAGAAACUUCAGAGGACAGCGACCAGGAGGUGGCAACAAUAGCAACAGAUCCCCAAACAAAGGCCAGAAGCGGAGCUUUAGUAAAGCCUUCGGUCAGUAAGUCAGAAGGAACUGAACUGUUCCCACUGUGGACCCCAGGGCCAGUCCUGCUGUCAAAGCCCCCAGGGCUUCCUUUCAUUUUAUCAUUUCACAGCCCCCCUUCCUUGCAGAGAGAGGCUUCUUAACUGUCGGACUGACCAUCAUAAACUGUCUUCAUUUUGAAAAGGGAUAGAAAUUGAUUGCAUCAUUUUCCAAAAUACUUCUAGGUUUACAAAGUAAAACCAACUAUGGACCUGCC